UACACGUUCCUCUAUGAUGGGCAUUACUGAAUUGUAGAUAACUCGAGUUUUUUAACGUGCGUACAUUGGUAUCUCCGCCAUUUUCCGCUAAUUGGAAAAAGCGGAAAUCUUCGUGAUAUAAACUGUGCAAAUAAAGAGAAAACAGAGAGAAAUAAAAUAGGAUUUAUAAGACAUGGCAAGUUGAUUUAUCUGUACACAUCUGUGCACGUGUAUAUUGUGUGCAGAUAUAUGUUGUUUGGUUAAUAGGAUAGCUUUUGUUGAUUUUGGAAUUUCGAGAUUUUCGUAUCUUUAUACUUUGAAUCCGAGUUUAUCACUGUUAGAAUAGAAUAAACUAAGAAUGGAAAUGAAGUAGAAUUAUUCUCAGUACAUUCAGUAAUUCAGUAUAGUACAUGAAUAAUUUGAUCAAAUAAAAAGAGCAAAAUUAUUUGUGUUAUCAAGAGAGACUGAGAGAAAUAAUUAAAAAUAAAUAAAAUUAAUAUACAAAUUUCUAUUUUAUCUUAACUCCAAUUUUCAGUCAUAACUUUUUAUAAUAUCUAAAGAAAUAUUAAAGUAUAAAUAAAAAUAAAUUUGCAUUAAAGAGGAAUAAAUAUUUUAUCUUACCUGAAGGAAGGAAAAACGGUUUAGAAAUAUAAUCUUGAACCACAAUAUAUUAUAUAAGAACACAUAAUUUAAAUAUUUUGAGGAAUAUAAAUGGAGCCACCACAGGAAUUUCCAUUUCCUUUCCCGGCAUAUGAAAUUCAAAAGCAAUUUAUGACGGAACUCUAUAAUUGUUUGCAAGAUGGCAAAAUAGGUCUCUUUGAGAGUCCUACUGGCACGGGAAAGUCUCUAUCUCUAAUUUGUGGUGCGCUUAGAUGGCUGGUUGAUCAUGAAAAAUGGAAGAAACAGGAACUAAUUUCUACAAUCGCAGACAUAGAUGAAAAAAUAAAGUCCUAUGAGAAAUCGUCCGACAAUUGGUUCUCAAUACAAGCAGAACAAAUACAACUGAAAGCCAAGAGGCAGCCGUUGCAACUUAAGUUAGAUGCAUUGGUCGAAUAUGAAAACGAGAGGGCAAAAUUAAAAAAUAUAGUUAAGUCAAAAAAAGCUGCUCAAUCUAAAACGAUUGGGAAAAUGAGGCAGCAAAAGCUUCUAGAUUCAAGCAAGAGGGAAGGAAUAGAUCCAGAUAUUUGCGACGCAAAGGAUCUUCUCUUAGAAGAUGCGUUGUCGAGCUCGGAGAGUUCUGAAGAGGAAGAUACGGAUGAAUCGUUAUUCAAGAACACCAAGAUCUUUUUCUGCUCUAGAACUCAUUCACAGUUGACACAAUUUGUACACGAAUUAAAGAGAUCUCCUUAUUCUGAAGAUAUUUCUGUAGUGCCGCUUUCAUCGAGACAAAACUACUGCAUCAAUAAAGGCGUCAAGAAAUUAAAAUACAUUAAUCUGAUUAAUGAAACUUGUCUUCAAUUACAAAGGCGCAAGGCUACCGUCAAGCAAGAAAAAGACUUAAAAAGAUUAAAAACUACAAGCGGUUGUCCGUUUGUACCAGGUGAUCAGAAAUCGCUGAUGGCCGAAGUUCUUACAAAUAUUCAAGAUGUCGAAGAAAUCGGGCAGAAGGGACAGGAGAGCAAUACUUGUCCAUAUUAUGGCACACGCAAAUCUCUACAAAAUGGACAACUGAUAUUAGUUCCAUACAACUCUAUUUUGCAUAAAAAUACGAGGACCAGUUUAGGUAUAGAUCUGGAGGGAAAUGUAUUAAUAAUAGACGAAGCUCAUAAUUUACUGGACGCGAUUGAAGGAAUGCACAGCUGCGCGAUUACAGGGAGAAAUUUGCUCCAUUGCAACAAUCAGUUGUCGCAAUAUCGCAAGAGAUUUGAGUCUUUAUUCUCGGCCAAAAGCGUGUUAUAUUUGAGCCAACUGAGUUUUUGUUUAAAAAAGCUUAUAGCUCUUUUCGGCGCGACAACGAGGUCUCAUCCUAAUGAUGAGAUUGAUAAAGCGAUGGAACCUAAAUUGUACAAAAUACAGGAAUUUGAAUUGCUUACAGAGAUCGACACAGUAAACAUCUUCAAACUGUUAGAAUUUGUUAAAGCCUCGAAACUCGUUCAUAAACUGCAAGGGUUUGUCGAGCAGUAUGGCAAUAACGUAAAAAUAACUGAACCGCAGACAAAGAAAUCUGGUGUAACAGAAUUCUUAAGCUCGAUCAAGAAUAAGGAUUCAACGUUUCAAGAAACUACUACUAGUGUGCCGGAUGCAUCGAGUAGCAACGAAGAGCAGAUGAACAAUUCAUUGAUGGGUAUUUUAAGUUUCUUGGAGUGCCUGAAGAAUAGCUGUACGGAUGGCAGAAUAUGCGUUUUACCUGGCGCUACUAUUGGACAAGGGAUCAUAAAGUUUCUAUUGUUAAAUCCAGCAGCACAUUUUCAUGACAUUGUUAAGGAUACCAGAUCUGUGGUGCUUGCUGGUGGCACGAUGGAACCGAUGUCUGAAUUUACAGACCAAUUGUUUCUAAUGGCAGGUGCUUCACCAGACAGAAUUAUGACAUUUUCAUGCGAUCACGUAAUUCCUAAAGAAAAUAUUAUAUCCAAUAUUGUAACACGUGGUCCCACUGGAAUUGAAUUUGAAUUUAAUUUUCAAAAUCGGCAAAAUGCAAAAUUGCUGGACGAGUUAGGUAGAGCUCUGUUAAAUUUAUGCAAUAUUGUGCCAGCUGGUAUUGUGGUAUUUUUUCCAUCUUACAGCUAUGAAGAUACAGUAUUUAAACAUUUAGAUAAAUCUGGCGUCAUAGCGAAAAUUUCUGCAAAGAAACAUAUCUAUCGUGAGCCUAAAUUAGCUUCGCAGGUUAAUGUAACAUUGGAUCAAUAUGCACAUUCCAUCAAGAAUCCACAAUCUCCCUGCAAUGGAUCAUUACUGUUCAGUGUAGUUGGUGGUAAAUUAAGCGAGGGUUUAAAUUUUUCUGACGAUUUAGGCCGAUGUGUUAUAGUCGUUGGCCUACCAUAUCCUAACAUUAAAUCACCAGAAUUGCAGGAAAAGAUGAAAUAUUUAAAUGAACAUAAAUCAGAUGCUGGCAAUAGCUUCUAUGAAAAUUCCUGUAUGAAGGCGGUAAAUCAAUGUAUCGGCCGAUCUGUUCGUCACAUUAAUGAUUACUCUACAGUUGUGCUAUUAGAUAGACGUUACUGUCACAAAAUCAAAGCACUACCGCGAUGGAUUCAACGAUCUGUCACAAUCAACGAUUCAUUUGGAUCUCUAGUUGGUAACGUUGCAAAAUUUUUUACAGCGAAAAGAACAAAAAGGACUUAAAUUCCAUAUUAUAAGAUAACAGUGAUAUUAUAUUAUGUCGUUAAGUUAUUAAGUAAAGUUAUUGUGAUAAUAUUAAUAUCGAUACAUAAAAGCUAAAGCCACGGUCAACAACGGCCUACAUUCUAAUUUAUCAUUACUGAAAUUUGAAAAAAUGUGCAUAUUCUGAUUCUGCUGUGCUUCGAUAGAAAGAGAUAAUCCCAGUUUUAAACUCUCUUACGUGCUCAUAUUGAUAUUACUGGUAGAAUAGAAUCUUAAAUAUAGUAUUUAAAGUUGCUGUUAUUAUUAAAUAGUUAUUAAACCAAUUUUUAUGAUUUU